AUGGAUGAUUUUAUGCCCAUGACCACUGGACCGGGAAGAACAGUUUUCUGUAAUUUGUGUUCUGAUGAGUGCUUGAGCCAUUUUGUGUCUCGGAAUAAAAACUUGGAAAACGUGAUUGGUUCUUUCUACAGCGAAGAGGAUCUUCCUCAGUAUUGCUACACCAUUUUUUCCCUGUGGGGAAAACCGGAAGGAAAAAGGGAUAAGAUCCCCAAAGGAGCAAAGCUUAAAUUUCUGUUUAAUUUGAACGCUACUCGACGUCCGGAAAAUACAUAUGACUUCAAACCACGCUUUAAUCUUCCACUUAUACCAUCCGUUCAGAUUGCUGUGCAUUCUCCCUACUUCCUUCCAAGUCCAUAUUCUGACGGGGUGAAUUACCCAACUGGAAGAGCUUACACUCUUAGGAUAACUAUGGAGGAAAACCACCUACUACCAAGUCCAUACCAAACAAACUGCACUAAUUAUUUAGAAGUAUGGAGAGAGCGAAACGGUAAAGCGCCUAUUAACCCACUGGGUGAAGUUCAGGAAUGCAGAGUCAAUCAAAGUUUCAAGCAGUUCGGUUGCGUUCCUGUAUUUAUUGACUAUCCACAUGAGUUUGAUAUAUGUUCUUCGUGCACAGGAACUUGCCAAAAUGGUGCUGUAACGGACGAAUGCAUUUUGUUGACUGAUAAGUUCAACCAGCCUUGCGAGUACGUAAUCUAUUUUCUUUGGUAUUAG